GAAAAAACCAACAAAAAAAAAAAACAGUUUACCACCUCAAGAAUUCUUCUAAGAGAUGGAGGAUAUGAAGCCAUGUGGCGCAAACUCGCCGCCGUUGACGCCAAUAGGUUUCUUAGAGAGAGCCGCCACCGUUUACGGUGACUGUACCUCCAUCGUUUAUGGAAGUAACACCAUUUACACGUGGCGUGAAACAAACCUCCGUUGCCUCCGCGUCGCGUCUUCUCUAUCUUCAAUCGGGAUCGGCAGGUCCGACGUCGUCUCUGUUCUCUCUCCCAAUACUCCGGCUAUGUACGAGCUCCAGUUCGCUGUUCCGAUGUCCGGCGCAAUCCUAAACAACAUCAACACACGUCUCGACGCUCGCACCGUCUCUGUUCUUCUCCGUCACUGUGGAUCUAAGCUUCUCUUCGUCGACGUCUUCUCCGUUGAUCUCGCCGUCGAAGCAAUCUCGAUGAUGACGACUGAUCCACCGAUUCUCGUCUUCAUCGCCGAUAAAGAAGAGGAAGGAGGAGAUGCUGACGUGGCGGAUCGUACAAAAUUUAAUUACACUUACGAUGAUCUGAUCCAUAGAGGUGAUCCGGGUUUCAAAUGGAUCCGACCCGAAAGUGAAUGGGAUCCGGUUGUGCUCAAUUAUACUUCCGGUACAACUUCGGCUCCUAAAGGAGUGGUACACUGCCACAGAGGAAUUUUCGUAAUGUCAAUUGAUUCACUAAUCGAUUGGACCGUACCGAAAAAUCCGGUUUACUUAUGGACUCUACCGAUAUUUCACGCUAACGGUUGGAGUUAUCCAUGGGGAAUCGCCGCCGUCGGAGGAACUAACGUUUGUUUGCGUAAAUUCGACGCGCCGUUAAUCUACCGUUUGAUCUGUGAUCACGGCGUCACACACAUGUGUGGAGCUCCGGUGGUGCUCAACAUGUUAUCUGCGACUCAAGAAUCUCAGCCGUUGAACCGUCCCGUCAACAUAUUAACCGCCGGUGCUCCACCUCCAGCCGCAGUUCUCCUCCGAGCGGAAUCAAUCGGAUUCGUGAUCAGUCACGGUUACGGGUUAACAGAAACCGCCGGAUUAAACGUCUCCUGCGCGUGGAAGCCACAGUGGAAUCGUUUACCGGCGAGCGAUCGAGCGAGGUUGAAGGCACGGCAAGGAGUGAGAACCGUCGGGUUUACAGAAAUCGACGUGGUGGAUCCUGAAUCAGGUAGGAGCGUUGAGAGAAAUGGAGAAACCGUCGGAGAAAUAGUGAUGAGAGGAAGCUCGAUCAUGCUCGGUUACUUAAAAGAUCCGAUGGGAACAGAGAAAGCUUUAAAGAACGGGUGGUUUUACACCGGAGAUGUUGGUGUGAUUCACUCCGAUGGUUAUUUAGAGAUUAAGGAUAGAUCAAAAGAUAUAAUUAUAACGGGAGGUGAGAAUGUGAGUAGUGUUGAGGUUGAAGCGGUUUUGUAUACGAAUCCGGCGGUGAAUGAAGUGGCGGUGGUGGCGAGACCUGAUGAGUUUUGGGGAGAGACGCCGUGUGCUUUUGUGAGUUUGAAAAGUGGUCUGAGUCGGAGACCGACGGAGGAGGAGAUGGUGGAGUAUUGUAGGAAGAAGAUGCCGAGAUAUAUGGUGCCUAAAACGGUGUCGUUUGUGGAUGAGUUGCCUAAGACUUCGACAGGGAAGGUUAUGAAGUUUGUACUUAGAGAGAUUGCGAAGAAGAUGGGUAUGACGAGGUUGAGUCGGAUGUAGAAAUCAGAACGUGCGAUUUGAUAGAAUGAAGGCUUAAGUGUAAGUGAUAAGUGUAUGAGAACGUUUUUGAUGUCUAAUAAACAAAAGUGUUUGAA